AUGGAGAAGGCAAUCGCAAUCGAGAAGGAUGUGCUGCAGAGCCCGUCCGAGUCCAAGUCUGAGCUGGGCAAUGGCUUACAAUGGACAGAGGAGGAGGAGACCAUCCUGAGGCACAAGAUGGACUGGCGCACGGUGCCAUGGGUAACGGUCCUAUACCUGCUCUGCUUCCUCGACCGCAUCAACAUCGGCAACGCCAGGAUCCAGGGCAUGCAGCAGGACCUGCAGCUCGAGGGCCUCAGGUUCAACUGGGCCCUCUCCAUCUUCUACAUCGUCUACCUCACCGUCGAGGUCCCGAGCAACAUCAUCCUGAAGCGCGUGGGGCCCCGGUACUACCUCCCCUCCCUGGUCGUCGGCUUCGGCCUCGUCUCGAUGUGCUCCGCCUUCAUCCAGAGCUACGGGGGCCUGCUGGCAGCCCGUGCCGUCCUGGGGGUGUUCGAGGGCGGAGCCAUGCCCGGGUUCGCCUUCUACCUCAGCUCCUUCUACAAGCGCAAGGAGCUCCUCUUCCGCAUCGGCAUCUACGUGUCGGCGGCGAGCAUGGCGGGCGCGUUCGGCGGCCUGCUGGCGACGGGCCUGUCCCGCAUCCCGGACUGGGGCGGCAUCAUCACCAUGAUCAUCGGGCUCAUCGCCCCCAUCUGGCUGCCCGGGUCCCCGGCCUCGUGCAUGUUCCUCACGGACCGCGAGCGCAUGAUCGCCACCGAGCGCCUGGUCCGCGAGCACCGCUCCCAGCCCGACGAGAAGGUCACCCUCGCCCACGUCAAGCGCGCCGUCACCAACAUCCACAACUACACCUGCGGCCUGGGCUUCUUCCUCAUCAACAUCACCGUCCAGGGCCUGUCCGUGUUCCUGCCCACCAUCCUCCGCGACCUCGACUGGACCGACACCAAGGCCCAGCUCUACAGCGUCCCGCCGUAUGUCUGCGCCUGCGUCGUCGCCGUCGCCAUCGCCUACGCCAGCGACAAGACGCGCCACAGGGGUGCCUUCCUGGCUGCCUUCUCGCUGCUGGCUAUCAUCGGCUUUGCCAUCCUGCGGUGGGAGACCAACCCGAAUAUCAGGUACAUGGGCGUCUUCUUCGUGACCGUUGGGGCGUUCCCUGGUGGUCCGGGUUUCCUGGCCUGGGCGAUCAAUAAUGCUGCUGGGCCAGCUGUGCGUGCCGUGACUAGUGCUUACGUCGUGACUGUCGGAACGAUCGGUGGAAUCGUUGCUACAUGGACGUACAUCCCCGCGGACGGCCCAGCCUAUCGUACAGGCCACACGAUAAACCUCGUCGGACAGAUCGUGGUCGUAUGUCUGUCACUGUUUGGUAUUGCCUACUGCAGCUGGGAGAACAAGCUGCGCGCAGCCGGGAAGCGUGACCAUCGUCUCGAGGGCCGCACCCAGGAGGAGAUUGACCAGCUUGGUUACAGACAUCCAGAGUUCAGGUACAUAAAGUAG